AUGGGCUGUGGGAAAGCCCCUGUCUACCCCAGCCAGGACCCUUUCGGUAUUUCCACCCUCCUCGAGACGCUUGAAGCAGCGAGAGAUAAAAUGCUCCCACAACUUGCAGAGAGACGGAUAGCUUUCCUGUCACGUCAGCAUGACAGAUACGUUUCUACCUUUCGUAUGUGUCAGGCUGGUCGGGAGAACUUGUUCACGGCAGAUCCCAAGAAUGUCCAGGCCAUGCUGGCGACUCAGUUUAAGGAUUUCGGCCUGGGUGAUACGCGCCGUAACGUAGCGGGUCCUGUCGUAGGUCAUGGAAUUUUUACUACUGAUGGCGAGGAUUGGUCACGUUCCAGAUCACUGCUACGACCUCAGUUUACGCGAGAUCAGAUGAGCAAUCUUGAUAGAGAAGAACGUCAUGUUCAAAAUGCGAUGCGUGCCAUUCCAAUGCUAUCUGACGGCUGGUCAUCCGAAGUGGAUAUUCAGUCCAUCUUGUUUCGUCUCACCCUUGACUCGGCUACGGAGUUUCUUUUCGGUAAAAGUUGUGAAAGCCAAAUUGCUGCCACGAAACAAGAAGCGGGACAAGCCUCUGAUGAUACCUUUCUCUACGGAUUUGACCGGUGCAUGUGGUAUCUCGCGGAGCGACUCCGGUUCGAGCGGCUCUAUUGGAUUAUACACAACCAGGAGUUUCGCAAGUGUAUCGACACUGUGCAUGGCUUCGUGGACAAGUAUGUUCACUCUGCUCUAUUGCAGGCACAGCAGCAAGAAGAGAAAGCCCAGGGCAACGAAAAGGUCACAUCGCAGUAUAUCUUCUUGCAGGCCCUGACUGGUACUACAAGAGAUCCUGUCAGGCUGCGCGAUGAAUCAUUAAACGUCCUUCUAGCAGGCCGUGAUACAACGGCUUCUCUGCUGAGCUGGACGAUCCUCCUUCUCGCGCGACAUCCGCAUAUCUUCGCAAGACUUCGAUGCGACAUCAUCAAGAAGUUCGGUACUUAUGAUCAGCCAAGCACCAUGGAUUUUGCAGCUUUGAAGUCAUGCCAGUACCUCCAGCAUUUUCUAAAUGAAACCCUUCGUCUCUACCCGGUCGUACCUUUCAACCGCCGUUGCGCGACAAACGAUACUACUCUCCCUCGUGGCGGUGGGAAUGACGGCACAUCCCCGAUAUAUAUUCGCAAAGGACGUACAGUCAUGUACAGCACCUACGUCCUACACCGUCGAAAAGAUAUCUGGGGCGAGGAUGCUGAAGUGUUCAAUCCGGACCGGUGGGCCGGCCGAAAGGUCACCUGGGAGUAUAUCCCGUUCAAUGGGGGACCCAGAACGUGCAUUGGUCAGCAGUUUGCUUUGAUGAGGGCUAGUUAUGUACUGGUGAGAUUGUUGCAGAGAUUUGAUAAGAUUGAGGAUGUGCACUCUGAUAGGGAGAUUCGUUAUGGAGUUUCGCUUACUUCUUGUCCGGCUGAUCCGGUGACUGUGAGAUUGCAUCAGGCAAAGAUGGAGCUUUGA